AUGUAUUUCCAAAAUCGUAAUUAUCCAAGUCAUAUCCUUGAUGAUGCUUUAGCUAAGGCAUCAGUAUUGUCAGAAGAAGAAGCCAUGACCAAUCAUAGGCAGAACGCAGAUUAUAUCAUCCCCUUCGUUUGUGUUUACAACCCAUUCCUACCUAACAAUGGUCAGAUCCUUAAUAAAUAUUUGGAGCUUUUUGAUAUAUCUGAGAAAAGCAGCGUACGCAACCUGGCCAAUUGCAAACCAAUUAUUGCCAACAAACGACCUACAAAUCUUAGUGAUAUCUUGUUUCACAGUAGCCUGAUGUCUUCGGAUAUCACUGCUUGCCCUCAGUUACUGGACAAAAGAGGGACCUACUUCAUACCAAACGGAAUUAGAACUAUUGUAGAUAUCAAGAUUGUCAGCCUCGUACUAGAUCCAAUGCUGAUUUAUAACUGUGCCGUACCGGAGGCGUUGCAAGAGGUUCAAGCUGAUGUUACUGCCAAUUAUUCCAUCUCAUGUCCCCUUAAUGUUAUUCCAAAAGACGGUCCGUUGCAAGGAGGCACUAAACUGACCAUAUCUGGAACAAAUCUAGGAAGAAAUGUUUCGAAAGUUGAGGGUAUAACAGUUGUCGGUACACAGUGCUCCUUGAGUAGCUAUUUAGAAGAUUACGAUGUCCCUCACGGUGACGAUUUUGAAACGCAUGUGCCGUCAAGGCUGGUAUGCACAACGGGGAAAGCAACUGAUGAAACUACAGGAAAGGUUGACGUAACCGUGAACGGAAAAACUUCACCUUCAGUGCAAAAUGUUACAUUUACGUAUAAGAGAGUGAAGGUGACAAAUAUCUACCCAACGUUCGGACCACAAGCCGGAGGAACAAAGAUCACACUUAAUGGCAACAACCUUGAAAUAGGAAACAGGCAAAUCGAAGUAGCACUCGGUUCUAAAUCUUGCAAGCAAGCACGCGUUUAUCCUAACAUAUCACUGGAAGAAGAUUUUCGCGGUAAUUUUACGGUGGAAUGCGUUAUACAAAGUUCAUCCAAGAUAUACAACGUCACUGGAUUGCACUUAAAAAUGGAAAACGUGGUUGUUCUUUCUAACGUACCAAUUACCUACAGUUAUGUUACUGAUCCUGUUGUUAAAGCGGUAUCAACACUGAAAGGAUUUGUUAGUGGUGGUACUAAGGUCACGGUCAGUGGAAAGUUUCUGGAUAAUGCACACUAUUCAUUUAUGCAGACAAUGUACGAAGAGGAAUUGAAGAUGGAUAUUUGCGAAAUAAGAUCAUCAGAGAAUACGUUGUGCAAAGUUCCAGAAGCACCACGAGCGAUUAAAUACGUCGUACUGGAACAAGUGAAGAGUAUGGAAGUUACAGCGGUCAUCGGCUUUGACGGUGCAAGACACAAUUUUACAAUAAAAUACUUCCAGGAUCCAUUGAUUCACAGUCUUCCCGGGGACGGUAAUGUGGUGACAUUCGAUUCCAAUAGUUAUCGACUAACAAUUAAUGGUGAAUAUCUGAAUCUUGUUGCAACCACCUCGGAUGUAAGUGUCACAAUUGGCGUAGAACCAUGUGCAUUAGUAAACCUGACAUUAGUAUUAAUUGUGUGUAUUGCUCCUGCAACAAAACCGCUACCUGGAAUACCUGGUAUAGAGAAUCCGGAAGUUAAUGUAACAAUUGGUAACAUCCACAAGACAGUUGGGUAUGUACGUUAUCAAGAAGAGGUCAAAACAGUAGUUAUAGUGUUUUCAGUUGUGGGCGUUGUGGCUUUCAUAUCACUGACUGUUUUGGGUAUUGUCCUCAUAUAUCAAAAGUACAGAAAAAUGCAGAACAAAAUUCGAUAUCUUGAAAGAACUAAAGAAUUGAAUCAGACAACAGCUGUUGCUAUGGAAAGCAGGAACAAAACCGCAGCUGCUGUAACAGGCGGUCAAGAAAGCACACCAGCCUAUGAAGACAUUUCUGACAACGACAUUGUCACAGACAAUGAAUUGCCCCGGGGGAAUGCGUAUGAAAAAGUGGACGGGUAUCUAGAAUCACGUCCGUACCUUCAGUUAAAUGUAGAAAAUGCACCUCGUGAAAUAGAACAUUCGGAAGUGAGUGGUUCAUCAAAAAAAUCUAAACAGCAUGCAUGCUCUGUGGAUAAAGACUAUAUACAUCCUACGAGUGAUUCGAGCUUGUAGUAACAGUUCCGAGUAUAUAAGAGUGGUAUUUCAGCUUGAUUUGCAAUAGAAUUAUCCACUGUUGUUUGUACGAUAAAUCCGUACCUUGGUUGUUGAUUUAAAUAAGGCAAUGAACUAGUUUUAACAGGAAUGAGGGAACAAUUUCAUCAGCAAGUAAUAAAAAGAGCAUUGAAACCCGAGGGUAAACGAUUUGUACGAGGGGUCGUAAUCCCCGAGUAUAAAUCGUUUACCCUCGAGUUUUAAUGUUCUUUCUGUUUUGUAUCAUAGCCAUCCAUAUAUGGUAGUUGUAGACGUUCCGCAUUGCCAUAUACAACAAUUCAGUGAGUACUUGUAAUCCUUGCUUUACAAAUGUGUAAAGCCCAUGUAAAAUAAACAAAUGCGAGAGCAGAAAAUCAAUAAGAUACACUUCACUGUCUACUGUUCCAGACAUGCUGGCAUACUUUCCUAUCCAACAGUGCGGUAACUAGCGUGCGGGUAGUAAAUACCUGCACACUUUUAGUUACUGCACCCUGUACCCAGUGUAUACGAUUUACCUGCAUCAAAUUUGUUAAGAAAAAAACACCGAGCUAUGGUACAAGAGUGAGAAAACUAUUUGAUCAAUAAGAAUGAGAGAACUAAUUUAUAAACAAGAAUGGCAGAACUAAUUUAUAACAAGAAUGAGAGAAUUAAUCUAUUUACAAGCGUGAGAGAACUAAUGUAUACCAAGAAUAAGAGAACUACUUUAUUAACAAGAAUGAGAGAACUAACUUAUCAACAAGAAUGAGAGAACGAGCUAAUUUAUCAACAAGAAUGAGAGAACGAACUAAUUUAUCAACAAGAAUGAGAGAACUAAUUCAUAAACAAGAAUGAAAGAACUAAUUUAUCAACAAGAAUGAGAGAACGAACUAAUUUAUCAACAAGAAUGAGAGAACGAACUAAUGUAUCAACAAGAAUGAGAGAACUAAUUCAUAAACAAGAAUGAAAGAACUAAUUUAUCGACAAGAAUGAGAGAACUAAUUUAUCAACAAGAAUGAGAGAACGAACUAAUUUAUCAACAAGAAUGAGAGAAUUAAUUCAUAAACAAGAAUGAAAGAACCAAUUUAUCGACAAGAAUGAGAGAACUAAUUUAUCAACAAGAAUGAGAGAACGAACUAAUUUAUCAACAAGAAUGACAGAACUAAUUCAUAAACAGGAAUGAAAGUACUAAUUUAUCGACAAGAAUGAGAGAACUAAUUUAUCAACAAGAAUGAGAGAACUAAUUCAUAAACAAGAAUGAAAGAACUAAUUUAUCAACAAGAAUGAGAGAACGAACUAAUUUAUCAGCAAGAAUGAGAGAAAGAACUAAUUUAUCAACAAGAAUGAGAGAACUAAUAUAUAUUCAUAAGCAAGAAUGAAAGAACUAAUUUAUCGACAAGAAUGAGAGAACUAAUUUAUCAACAAGAAUGAGAGAACGAACUAAUUUAUCAACAAGAAUGAGAGAACGAAUUCAUAAACAGGAAUGAAAGUACUAAUUUAUCGACAAGAAUGAGAGAACUAAUUUAUCAACAAGAAUGAAAGAACUAAUUUAUCGACAAGAAUGAGAGAACUAAUUUAUCAACAAGAAUGAGAGAACUAAUUCAUAAACAAGAAUGAAAGAA